GGCCGCGGCGGGGCCAUGGAGCAGCACCUGCGGCGGCUGCGGCAGGAGCUGCUUUCCAUGAAGGAGGUUGGAGACGGGCUGCACGAGCAGAUGAACUGCAUGAUGGGCGCGCUGCAGGAGCUGAAACUCCUGCAGGUGCAGACGGCGCUGGAGCAGCUGGACAUCUCGGGCGGCUCCGGGCGGGAGCAGCUCCAGCGCUGCCAGGGCAGCCGCGAUCUGCCCGGAGCCCGGAGGGACGAGCGGCCGCGGGGGAGGGUGUGGGCGGAGGAGCAGAGCCCCACGGCCCCAAAACCCCCGGGUUUGUCCCUUCCCGCUGCGCUCUCAGAGGGCAGCAGCCUUGGAGACACCUCCUCCUCAUCCUCCCUCGGGAGCCUCUGCGGGGAGGGGGUUUAUCACCCGAGAAGACCUUCCUCCGUGUUGAGCAGAGCAGAGCACAUCCACCCGAGGAGACUGGAGCCCCGGAGCCAGGACAGUGCCUGGGGACAGCCUGUGUGCUGGGAGUGCCCGGGCUGUGACGAUGGCCAUGACUGGACAUCAUCCCUCAUGUCCCAGAGCAGGAACAGGCAGCCACUGGUCUUGGGGGAUAACAUCUUUGCAGACUUGGUUGGGAACUGGUUGGAUCUGCCAGAGCUGGACAAGAAGGGGGAGAAGAGCGAGGCAUCCCUGUCCAUGAGCAGAUCCCAGGAGCUCUGCAGGAAGUUCUCCCUCACAGCCAACAUCUUCAAGAAGUUCCUGAGGAGUGUUCGGCCAGACCGAGACAGGCUACUUAAGGAGAAACCCUGCUGGCUUCCUCCUGAAGACAAACAGCCAGAAAUCUCCAAGAGACCAAAAAAGAUGAACAAACUCAAGGGGACAUUUUACUUCCCACUCCACGGGAACAUCCGGAGCCAUCACAGCAAAGCAGAGCAGUGCCCAAAGGCAGAAAGCAGUCGUGAGAAACCCAAAACUGGCACCAAGAAAGUCCACAGUACCAUAGACUACACCCAGUCUGGGUUUGACAUCAAUACAGCUGUUUGGGUCUGAGUUUGUUCGUGUCCCCUGCUCUGCCCAGCAUUUGUUCCACACCAGAGAGGAGCUGGAGGCCACACACAUUGUUUCAGGAGACUCCCAAGCUCUCAACACGGAGAGAGAUGAGAGAGGAGUCCUCUGCAAAACCUGCUGUGGGCUUCAGUUGCCUGCAAGUGGUGCUUCCCAGGGAACUACAGAGACUUUGGAGACACAUAUUUUAAAAAAUAAUCAGGAUCUUUAGCAGCUUUAGGGUGAGCUGUGCCAGAGGCCCAGCUCCUGGAGCCUGGCUCACUACAGCCAUGUGGGCAUGUCUGUCACCUCGACUUAAACUCCUGCAGCACAAACCUCCCUGGGUGCUCGUGUGUGUAUGAGUGUGCAGAUAUCUAUACAGUUUGUUGGUUGUUUUUUUUUUAAAAAUCUAUUCCUGCUUGUGUGCACUGAACACUGGGUUAUAAACCUGCCAUCAAGUGUUGUACCCGAAGCACUUGUUAUUUAAAUGGAAAGAAAUAAGUUUGAAUUUCUAAGACUUGAGCAACUUCUCUGUGGGGGUGUUGAACCCCAGCCCUGCUGUGUUGCAGCUCUGGGGUUUUCCCCCCUCAGCUGCAUCUCUGCCCUGUCCCAGCACCUCUCCUUCCCUGCCAGUUAAACCAGUAGGAUCCAAGGCUCCUUCCAGGGCAGCUUGUGACCCUCCAGCUCCCGCGGGUUCUGCUUCUCCCCCCGUGCCCUUCUCCCCACAGGUCACACCAGGCACAGUGUUGCAAACGUUAAUUGCGGGUGUUGCACUGGGAUACAAGGUUGCAGCAGCCGGUGAUUGUUGUUGUUUCCUCUCGCUGUUGUGUACAAACCGUCUCCACAUACCGAGUUCCUCAAUGUCCAGCUCUCCGACAGUUACCAAUAAAGUGUCCUGAGCCUCA